AUGAUUGCAAAUGUACGACUUCAAGUGUUGACUGAUUCCGGCGCCAGCAUUAAUGUUAUUGAUGAAAAGGUUUAUCACGCCAUCACGAAGUCUCCGCAGAAUAAUCAGCUUUCAUUACGUCAUACCUCCACGAAAAUGUACAGUUACUGCGGUACUUCACCUUUACCUGUUAUUGGAACAUUCUCCACUCGCGUUGAAUCGAAAACACGCACAACUCUCGCUACUAUCUAGUAUCUACGUUAUUAAGGGCGAAAAUGGUUGCCUUUUAAGCUACAAAACUGCAACUGAAUUUGACCUUAUAUCUUGUCAUCGCUCAAACCAACGCAUCUGUCAAUACUACCACACCGCUUUCCACACUUAUUCAAGUUCAUCUACAUAUUGAUCCCUCUGUACCACCCGUGACGCAACCUCAUCGGAGAAUUCCGUUCCACCUUCGCAAAAAGCUCGAUACCGAACUUGACAAACUUGAACGCCAGGGUAUUAUCGAACCGGUUUAUGGCCCAACUCCUGGGGGGUUGCCCCCUCUCAUUGUCACAGCAAAACCGAAGAACCCUGAUGAAAUUCGCCUCUGUAUAGAUAUGCGCCAACCCAAUCGUGCGAUCCUUCGUGAACGUCACACUAUUAGCCGAUAAGUCCAAAAGAACCAACGAGCUUAACGCAAAGAAACUACGCAAGCUAGAAGAUUCAAACCGUCGUCUACAAGAGAGCGUCAUUGAUCCCAAAGCACGAUUCAUGCGGGAUAACUUGCUUUUCUUUAAUGUCAACGAAGACGAGAGAGAAAACACGACGGAGAAGAUUUACAAGAUCUUAGAAAGAAAUUUAGAGAUCCCCAAUGCUAAAACUAAAAAUCGAUCGUUCUCACCGAAUCGGAAGGAAGCGCGAGGGCCAAUGCAAGCCUAG